AUGUCGAGAGGCCGGUUGAGGCGCCGGUGCCGGCCGGAUGUGCUGCCGGACAAUAAGUAUAGCAACUUAGAGAUAAAUUAUGAUUCUGAGGAAACUGCUCGCAUGGUUCGUGCUGCAUUAUCCGUUGAUAAGGAGUUGCAUCCAGAUAAGGUAAAAAGGGAAAUGUCAGUCUCCGGUGGACAGCUUUCUGUUCGUUUUGAGGCAGUUGAAGCAAAAUUCCUCCGUGCAUCGUACAGUGCUUUUGUGGAUGUUCUUACGCUUGCUACGAAAACAAUUGAAGAAUUUAGUCAAGGGAUAGGACUAUGA